AACUGUUUUACAAAUAAUGCAUCAUUUAGUUCAAAGAGAUGAAACAGUUCAUAUAACUUUUAAAAAAACUGAGAAGGAGAUUAGUGGCUGUGGGUGUGGAACCAGUAGCGCAAACCACCUUCGUAUACCGGCGAGCCCGACUGAGCCAAAGUACUCAACCGGUUUCUAGCGUUCUUGUCGAUCAAGCGAGUUAGUUUGGAUGCUGGCGUCGGAGUAUCUCCAUGUCUACGUCCAUUCCUUUCUCGCCAAAUGCUAUAGAUUGUAAGCUGAAACACGUAUCUCAACACAAAUAAGUGAAGCCGUGGAGUUGAUGGAGCGUUGAGUAAUGGUAGGAGAGAUUCCCAUCUUGCCGUGAAGUUGCUGCCUAGCAUGUCACGAGCGAGAGCUGACCAAACUUGGGAGAAGUAGUGACAUGAGAAGAAAAGGUGAUCCCUUGUCUCUACUCCUUGCACACAUAAAACACAACUUCCGUUUGAACUUGCAUUCCAUUUGAUUAAUCUGUCUCCCGUGGCUAAGCGGUUGUUGAUUGCAAUCCAAGUGAUAAAAGCAUGCUUGGGAGUGGAGUUAGGGAACCAUACUCCUUUAUACCAAGAACACUUUGGCUUGACUUGCCAGAUCAAAUGCCAAGUAUCUUUUGAGUAGAACUUGCUCUUGAAAGCAUCAUUUUUCUUCCUCCAAAGGGGAAUGUCAUUACCCGUUACAUCCGUGCGAAGUCGCAGCGAUUCAAGUUCAUCUUCAAUCUUUUUCAAAAGCUAUACACUCCUUCACCGACGAACAAAUUUUCUCAUGGGAAACUGCACACGCCCAACCGAUGGUUGUUUGAUCAAGCAGAAGUUGUUGGAGAGAUUAGUGGAAAUGGAAAGUUGCGAUGAUAAAGGAACCAUUAGCUGUUUUACUCUAGAGAGGAAUACAAAGUUUUUCAGUAUGGAGAAUUUGAGGCAGAGCUCGUGCCGAUUACUUAUCUCGUCGAUAGCGUUCGAGUCCGUUGGCAUGGACGCACGUAUCGCUCUAGAGUUGGAGCGAGUUCGGCUAAGUUGGUGGCUCAAGGGAGAUUGCAGAAACGUAACUUGCUCAAAAAAUGCCGUAUGUACACAAGUUGACACUCCCGGUGGAAACUCAGGGCACCGGUGCUCAUGUCCAGAGGGUCACCAUGGAGAUGGUUUCAUUCAUCCUUGCCGGAAAGGUAAUCCGAUUCUGUGCGGACUACCCACCAACGGGAGCUGUAGUUAUGUUGAAGAUGAAGACACUGCGUUUGAUAUGGUAGUCUUCUUUUGGAGCCUUACAGUGGCCUAUGUGACUGUAUUUGUAGGGUUUCUUGUCUUGCUGUCUUUUGAAUCUCCUCCUCGUCAAGCAUGGCUCAGCCUUGUUGAUAAUUUCAUCCACGUAGCGAGAAGGGCCUUGGGGUAAUCAAA